AUGACCCGUCUAAACCUGUCCUUCCUGGCCGCUUUCCUGGUUCUGGCAGUCUGCGCGAUGUCGCUGCCCACAAAGCGUGAUGAGGGUCACGGCUUCGGCCUCGAGAAAGCUCUGAGUGGUUUGGAGAAAAUCCCCAAGAUUAUGGAAGCUCUCGACCCUAAGGACACCAAGGACAACCAGAACCAGGACGACAAGCACGCUCCUGCCGACGACACCAAGAAGACCGAAGAGAAGGCCGACGAGAAGGCCGAUGAGAAGACUGAGAAGCCUGUUGCCAACAAGGAGGAAAAGGAGGUCGACACUAAGACCCCGACUGCCACGGAGAAGAAGCCCUACACUGGCAAAUUUGCCACUCCCACUGCUACGCACACUGAUAAGCCCUCGUCGAAGCCCAACGCCCUCGGUGCCAUCCCCAUUGUUGGUGGUAUCCUCGGCGGAACCGGUACCUCUCUGUAA